GGCCCGGGACUACGGCAGGUUCCCACGUGAUCCUGGCCUGCAGUAGCGUGGCUGCUCUGAGGCUUCUGCGCUCCUGAAGGGCGGGCGCAGAAGUCAAGGCGGCCUCAGGCGGAUUCUCACUGGUGGCGAGCUUGGGAAGAGCCCCCAGGCGGUGACCACUUUGCUUCUGCAGCUCGGGUCAGCUCAUUCCGUUAGCUCAGCCUUAGCGGGCUGCACUGAGGCGGACCAAGUUCCCUUUGGGUCUGGAGCCCUUGGGGAGUGAGGCCCCAACUCGGGACCAACUCCUCAGCCACCUUGCCCUCCCUCCCCUCCAUCUCUUCUUCGCACGCCACGAGUCGCUGGUCCCUUUGGGCUGGCCUGCUCGGCCGUGCAGGAGACUAAGUUCGGGGCGGUAAGGGUAACUGUGGGAAACGCGGCCCCCCAGUGGACAAAGGCGGAGGCAGGGCUAGAGCAGGGCCGCGGGCAGUGAGCAGAGGCAGUUGAGGAGGUGAGCCGGAAGACAAGAGUACUGCGCAUUUAGAAGGCUCUGUGAAGGACUUGUUGCGCGAUGGAAGAAUCUGACUCCGAGAAAAAGACGGAGAAAGAGAAUCUGGGCCCAAGAGUGGAGCCUCCACUCGGGGAACCGGAAGAAUCGCUUGGGUGGGCAAUGCCAAACGCAGCCAUGAAGAAAAAGGUGCUGUUAAUGGGUAAAAGUGGAUCUGGUAAGACCAGCAUGAGGUCUAUUAUCUUUGCCAAUUAUAUUGCCAGAGACACACGUCGCCUUGGUGCAACAAUACUAGACCGUAUACAUAGUCUUCAAAUUAAUAGCAGUUUGAGCACCUACUCUCUCGUAGACUCUGUUGGAAAUACAAAGACAUUUGAUGUAGAGCAUUCUCAUGUUCGAUUUCUGGGAAACCUGGUUUUGAACCUGUGGGAUUGUGGUGGACAAGACACCUUCAUGGAAAAUUAUUUCACUAGCCAGCGUGACAACAUCUUUCGAAAUGUGGAGGUUCUAAUAUAUGUCUUUGAUGUGGAGAGCCGUGAACUUGAAAAGGACAUGCACUAUUACCAGUCAUGCCUUGAGGCCAUUCUGCAGAAUUCUCCAGAAGCCAAAAUCUUUUGCUUGGUACACAAAAUGGAUCUGGUACAGGAGGAUCAACGAGACUUGAUUUUUAAAGAAAGAGAAGAAGACUUAAGGCGUUUAUCUCGUCCAUUAGAAUGUUCUUGUUUCCGAACAUCUAUCUGGGAUGAAACUCUGUAUAAGGCUUGGUCCAGUAUUGUUUAUCAGCUGAUUCCUAAUGUUCAGCAACUGGAAAUGAACCUGCGAAAUUUUGCUGAAAUUAUUGAGGCUGAUGAAGUACUUCUGUUUGAGAGAGCUACCUUUCUGGUCAUUUCUCAUUAUCAGUGUAAAGAACAGCGUGAUGCCCACAGAUUUGAGAAAAUCAGCAACAUUAUUAAACAGUUCAAGCUGAGCUGUAGCAAGCUGGCUGCCUCUUUCCAGAGUAUGGAAGUGAGGAACUCUAACUUUGCUGCUUUCAUUGACAUAUUCACAUCCAACACUUACGUCAUGGUCGUGAUGUCUGAUCCAUCCAUUCCUUCUGCAGCUACUCUGAUCAACAUCCGCAAUGCCAGGAAACACUUUGAAAAGCUGGAAAGAGUGGAUGGACCAAAACAGUGUCUUCUCAUGCACUAAGCAUUGCCAAAUAUUGUUUCCCACACUAAAAUUGAAACACUGUUUCUUAAUUUUAUUGUUGUAUUCAUAAAUGUAGACUCUAAAAUAUUGUGAUGCUUAACACUUCUGUAUUUCUUCUCUACUCCCCAGUCUUACCAUUUAACUUUGAAUGCUAUUUAUUCAAAUAGCCAGUGAGGAGUUAGAAGAUGGGGUGUCCAUGAAGUUGGUGUAACAUAUAUGUAGGUGAUAUAUGUAAGUGUUCUGAUAACAUGAUUCUAAUGGUGUUUGUGUUCCGAUAACCUGCUUUAAAUAGUGUAUGCCAAAGUCCUUCCAAGCAUCCUCUUGUAUUCAUUAUCAAAUAUAUACAUGUAAGUUUGAAGUAUUACUGUUUUCUCAGCAUGCAUUAAAAAUAUUCCGUGACUCAGCCAGGCAUGGUAGCUCAUGCCUAUAAUCCCAGCAUUUGGGAAGUAGAGACAAGAGGAUUGCUGCAAGUUUGAGGCCAGUUUGUCUGCAUAGGGAGGACUAGACCAGCCAGGGAUAUAUAUAUAUAUAUAUCAAGAUCUUGUCUCAAAAAAUCAUAUAUAUAUAUAUGUGUGUGUGUGUGUGUGUAUGUAUAUACACACAUAUAUAAAUAUAUGCAUUCCUUAACUUGGAUUGUAAAUAAAUGUUUGCUGU